GCGGCCGCCGCGUCCUGCGCGGAGGCGGGAGCGGAGCGGGGCAGCGCCGGCAGCAACGCGCGGCUCCGGGCGCGGCCGGAGCGGAGCCCCCAGCCCAGAAACACCACAUAGAUAAAUGAACAUCAGCUGUCCUGAGUACAAAAAAUUUGCUAAAAAAUCCAAUGUUUUGGUGUCUUUUGGCAAUACCUCAUGAUGCCUGCUGCCCAGCGAGACUUUGAGGAAACUGCAAGUGAAGAAGUUUAAUGUUUGCUUCAGCUGAAGAGAGUAUUUCCCAAGUCCUGGUGGGAAAAGGUGAAAAAGAGGACCAGAGGAUGUUGCUAUGGCAUGGGGAUGACAGGAAGCCAUGACUAGAAGGAGGAUUGUCAACAGGAAACAAAGCACGGCAGCCAAUGUGGCUCUGCUGUACAGCACAGCUGCUGUGCUGCGCUGCCUGCUGGACCCUGAGGCCUGGCCAGCACUGGCUGUCCCCAAGAGAGAUUCUCCUGUCCGUUUGUCUGCUGGAGCCUGAAUUGUUGUGCACCUGGUUAAUCCACUGUGCUGCAGCUGGCAGACCCUGGGCUUCUUUUCUCGACACCAUCCACUGUAAAGCCCUUGAGCAGCCAUGGGGAGCAAGACGUGUGUGUGAGCAGCUUUCCUGGGCUGGCUGAGCCCUGCGGGGAGCCCAGGCAGCUUGAGGGGUGCUGGCUGUUCAGGGCUCUGCAGAUAUGAACGCUGAGCUCUGGGGCUGGUUGUUCUCACCAUGCUAGUACAUGGGAAGGACGACUUCCUCUCAGACAUAGCCUACAUCAUCCUGGAGCUGAUCAUCGCUGUGCUGGCCAUCCUGGGCAACAUCCUGGUCUGCUGGGCCGUCUAUCUCAACAGCAACUUGCAGAACGUCACCAACUACUUUGUGGUGUCCCUGGCUGCUGCUGACAUUGCUGUGGGGGUGCUGGCAAUCCCCUUUGCCAUCACCAUCAGCACUGGCUUCUGUGCCUUCUUCUAUGGCUGCCUUUUCAUUGCCUGCUUUGUCCUGGUCUUGACCCAGAGCUCCAUCUUCAGCCUCCUGGCCAUCGCCAUCGACAGGAUCAUUGCCAUCCGAAUUCCCCUCAGGUACAAUGGCUUGGUGACCGGCUCUCGAGCCAAAGGCGUCAUUGCCAUCUGCUGGGUGUUGUCCUUCAUCAUCGGCCUGACCCCAAUGCUGGGCUGGCACAACGGAGCCCAGAUCCAAGAGCCCCAUUCCAACUGGUCCUCUCCCAUCAACUGCAGCAACAGCAUGGUGGCGUGUCUCUUCGAGGCCGUGGUCACCAUGGAGUACAUGGUCUACUACAACUUCUUUGCCUGUGUGCUCCUGCCCCUCCUUCUCAUGUUUGGUAUCUACUUGAAAAUCUUCAUGGCAGCGCGGCGCCAGCUCAAGCAGAUGGAGAACAAGAUGGUACACGGGGAACGUUCCCGCUCCACGCUGCAGAAGGAGGUCCAUGCAGCCAAGUCCUUGGCCAUCAUCGUCGGGCUGUUUGCAGUCUGCUGGCUCCCGCUGCACAUCAUUAACUGCUUCACCCUUUUCUGCCCGGACUGUGCCCACGCUCCCCUGUGGCUGAUGUACCUGGCCAUUAUCCUGUCUCACGCUAACUCGGUGGUGAACCCCCUCAUUUAUGCCUACCGCAUCAGGGAGUUCCGCCACACCUUCCGCAAGAUCAUCAGCCAGCACAUCCUGGGCCGCAAGGAGCCGUUCAAGGCGGGAGCCGCCAGCUCCAGGACUUCCACCCACGGCGGGGACGCGGAGAACGCCAGCAUCCGGAUCGGUGAGUAUGCGCUGGAGCUGUACGGCAACGGAGAGAUCCACAGGGACCCCGAGAAGCAGGACUUGAACAAAUGCAAAGCUGCCUUGGAAUGGCACCAGAACGGAAACGCUCUGGACUUGGAGACAAACGGACAUCUCCCGCAUUCCUGUAAAAAUGGGAUUCUCUCAGACGCAUGCCUGAACAGGGAGCUUCACAGUGAAGAGCUAAUUGAUGCCCAGGUGUCUUACUCAGACCUGGAAAGAGCAGCCUUUACUGCAGCUGAUGUUUCCUGAUGAGACUUUCGAAGUUUUCCUGGUAGAAUUAUUUUUUUUCCAUUGGUGACCUCUGCCAUGGCAGAAAGGGAGGCUGGGGGGCGGGGGGAGAGCAGUGCAUUCAGAUCACUGUGGAGAAAGGGGUCCAUAUCCAGGACUGUUGGAUGAUCCUAAAUACCAGGCUGGAGAAGAGCCAAGAGACCACUGAAGUGGACUAAGGAAGGAGGACACGUUACCCAUCAGUGACCUGUCACCAAGGGCAGUGCCAAGGUCCGGGAUGGCAUUCCAAGUUGAGCACUGGGAGACUGCUGAUGCAGGGAUUUUGGGACAUUUUGCUGUACUGUGCCUCUGGUUGAGAGCUGGUUUCACUGUCUUUACCAAUGGAAUGGCUGGAAGUAUUCCCUGAAUAACAAAGAGCAACUGGGAAGGAAGGGCCUCUGAGUUCUGUGGCCCUGCAACAAGCAGAAGGGGGAUAGCAAAAUCUGUUGUCAGGAAGGAUGCCAGGAACUGCUUGAGAGGGAAGGAAUUUACCUGAUUGGAACUGUGGAUACUUUCAACCAUGGCACUUUGUCUUUCAGUUUGUGUUCUUGAAGCUUUUACUGCAACAGGUUGCUCAAAUGGGUUUUUUCCACAUGAUGAUAAGGUUGCUUUAUGUUAACUUAUAAAAGAUGGGCAAGAGCUCAUGUCUGUUCCCUGAGUGCUCAGUGUUCCAGGUGCACAUGACAAAUAUAACCUCUUAGCACUCCCCUUUGUCCAACAAAUCACCAAAGCUGAGCCUUGCCAAGGAUUUCCCUUGGCAAAAGGGCUGUGGUGCUGUGGGCUGUGUCCUCAGGGCAGGGCUGUCAAGGGCUCUGGGUGUGGGAGCUCUUUGCAGAGCUCUGCCCCUGCCUCUGUGCUUCUCCUCCUGAGCUCCUAGGAUUGCAAAUUCUUUCCAUGGCCCCAGAUGUGUGUGAGGGGAGGUAAUAUUCCAUAUUUCAGUCAUCUUCAUCCUCACUCAACAGGCUGAGGGACUUUUGUUUUACUUCUUUCUUGGGGUAGAGAACAACCCACACACAUACCCUGACCUAAUUUUGGAAUUCCAAUGAGCUCUAUUUAAAAAACCUUUUCUCCUGUAUUUCAGUUUUUUCCUGAGAAGCCUGAUGUGUCCCUGUGGUGCAGAGGCCAACAGAGGAAGCUCUGGGCUCUGUCUGGUUAGAAGAUGCUCCUGCUCUGAGAAGCUGAAAGGUGUCAGUGGUAUUGGAACUCAGCUUAGAAACUGCAGUUUCUACUUUCUGUAGAAGAGAACAGGCAAAUUUGUGCUGCAGCAAGUGUACACGUUGCUGUGGUUUGUUGCAGAGGUGUUUCACUGCAGUUUGGUAAUUUUCUGGAAGGAAAAUUAAGGAAGUCUGGCAGCUCAAGAACAGCAUGAAUUCUACCUGAAGAUUGUCUGGGUUGAGUUUUUCAGACAAAUAAUCCAUGUCCAGUACUACCAGCCUUCUGGAGAGACAGGCAGUAGUCCCAGGUCCUGCUGGGAAGUGAAAAGUCUGGUAAUUCCAGGAAUCUGAAGCUCAUUGCUAGCUGAAAUCAUCAGAAAUAUCCUCCCUCAAUCUGGUUCCUCCUCGGGUCUCUCCACGAACAUUUCAGAAGCCAAGGGGGAUUUUCAUACUUGAGGAAGAGCAGGUUAGGUCUGUGUGUUCUUAUUCCAUGUUUAUUUUAUAUAUUGUGAACUAUUAAAACGAAAAAUCAGAUUUAUUUUGAGGAGAAUUUUCUUUUUGCCAGUUUCCCCACACGCAUGUGGGGAGAAGCUUGUGAUGCUGAAUGUGUUUGAGCAUGUAGCUGCUGUGGGCUACACAAAGCUUGCUGUGAGAUGGAUAAAAUGAUGUGGCUGCCACCACAGUGCUUAGCAGAAAGACAGGCCAGUUGUAGAACAAUAGACUUGGUGGUUUAAUUGAACUGCUGCUUUCUUGGCAGGGCUCUUGCCCGUGGUCUGAUGUCAGAGGAGAGCAUUAUCCCUGAAGGAGCUCUGAGCCAUCCCCUGUCACUGAUGUCACGGGCAGCUCCUGCGUAGGGGGACUCGGGAUCUCGUCACUCCUGAUCCUUCUGGAUGGAAUAUUUCUGUGGGUUAUUUGUGUGAUGCCUUCUCUGACCUCCUGUAACAGCAGCAGAGAACUCAGGAAAAUGGGGGGCUGUUCUGUUCAGGCCUCAGCUGGAGCUGAAAUGUUUCUAAGAAUAACACAAGAUUACAUCCGGCACUCAUGUCAAUAACAAUGAGGUCCACAAAGAGCCAGAGCAGGGGAGGAAGUGUGGGAAAAUACCAGCGUUGCUCAUGGGCUGGAGCACACACGAGUGCAGAAGCGUUGCCUGCUGAGUUUAGCUGCCAUUGGCAAAGGGAUGGUUUGCACAGUUGGUGUGGAUUGCUUGUGUGAUUUCUAUAUUUCCUGAGCAUCUCCACACCUACUUGUGGCUGUUUCUUGCUUGGUUGCCCCAAGAAUCCAGUUGAUCUAUGCUGAUGGACAAGCUUAGGAUUGUUCUGCUUUCCAGAUUGCUCUGGAAAACUUUCCUGCCCAACUAGAUCACCACCUGAGCUUAGUGACUUUCCACAUGUCUUGAAUUUAACUUUGGUGGUGCUGCUUGAGCUGCCCCCAGGAGUGUCCGGUCCCUCUCAGUAUCAGUGAUCAAACUUGAAGUGAGAAGGGUGUGUGAAGGGCAGGGCAGGGAAUGGGCAGGGUGCUUUGUGGGGCUGUCUGCAGUCACAGGAAGGAAGGGAUGGCAGCUGCACCGCAGGCUGGGCCCUCUGGCAAGCACAUGGCUGAGAUGGACCCUCAGAGGAUGUUUCUGAAGCAGUUGUUGGGGAGAGCAGGAGCCUUUUGAACAGAAUUUUGGACUUCAUAUUUCUUGUUUCCUAGGGAUCAUAAUUUCAGGGCUUCCUGCUUUUUGGUUUGUUUUCCAUUAAAAAAAAAAAAAAAGAAUAGGUCCCACCAAUGAAGUGUGCUCUUUCCUUCUCUGGCAGCUCUCCACUCCUGAGAGAAGUACCUGCUUUCCAAACUUCCUAGGACCACUCAAAUCUCCAUUUUUCUUCCAGCUGGAGAAUGUUUAGCUGAUCCAGCUGUUCUGGAUAAACAAAGAUGGUGCCCAGACAAAGGGAAGAAUGAGGUGACUCUCAGGAGAGGCUGGAGAAGACCUUCCUGGGAAUCCCAGGUGCAGUGGGUCCAGAGAGUAUGAGCUGGGAUCAGCAGAGACCAAUUUAAUUGAACGAGAACUUCUUGCUAAAAAAAUCUGAAGAUGCAUUGAGAGAUGUGGUGCCUCAUUUGGUGUGAGGGCAUUCCAUGAAUUUCACCAUUCCCUGAAGACUCUUAGGCUCCAGAGUUUAUUUGCUUUAUAAGAGUUUUGGAGAAAGCAACGUUUGAUCGGUUGCCAGGAGUAAUUUUACCAAGAGUUCUUGGUGCUCUCUCCUCAACAGGGCACUGCUUUUUGUGUGUGCAAAUAAAUGCACUCACAGCUGUAUCCUGCAGAGUCCCUUUGGAUCAGUGAUAUUUCAAAGCUCUGUGCAAGUUUGAGCUGCAGCUUUUGAACCAAGAAGCAAUGUGGCAUGGUGGGACACAAAGGGUUUCUCACUGGUCCCAGUUGGUGCAGGUGGACUUGGAGUGACAUAGAAUAGUCUGAGCCUUUGGUCAUUUUUUGAUGAUUCCUCAAGGGAUGCUGGUGGAAAUAGAGAAGUCUCUAAGGUGAGGGAGACUGGAGGGUCAGGAUGGACAGGAGUUCCUGGUAGUGAAGGAGCAUUUGCAGAGCAGGUGUUUGGGAGGAUUUCAGGGGAGCAGGAAUGUGCUGGGAGGUGCUGAGGGGUGCAGAGGUGAUGCUGGCUUGAGACCAAGGUGGGACUUGCUGGGGAAGGACUCUGGAAGGGAUGUACAGCCUUAUCCUGAGCUCUCCUGGGUCACUGCAAGGAUCAGCCCUUCCUGGGGCGUGCACAGGGUUGACUUUGUAGGGUCUGUAUUGACAGGGAUGGUUGUUAUGGAUUAUGUUCUUUUCACAUACAUUUUCACAUUUCACGAGCACCUCCAGGUAUAACAAAUCCCCUUCUGCUUCAUGAGCAUGGGCCCUACCUAAAUCAAAUCCUUCCAGCCAGUUCUGUGGAAGGACAAACAGGCUGCAGUGGUGCCACAAUGCAUUAAACCUGCAUGCAAUACUCUCUGGUGGUGUUUGCUAAGUUCAGCUGCCUAAAAAUCACUUCUCUCCCAAGUUGUUUUGGGCAUCAAAUUGCACUGAGUCAUUUCAGCGUUUUUUUUUCUUUCCAGCCCUCAGCUUCUGGCUGUCUUUAUGGCAAAACACAUAAAGAGUAACAAAAAUCACAGUUCCUCAUUUGCAUGAGAGGUGACUAAGCCUGAUAGAUGAGAGUCCCCAGACUGGGGCAAUGUUGUGUGUAACUCCCCCCUGACUUGCCUGCUGGGGCUGUUCACACAAGGAUGUGUUGAAAUCAAGACUGGAACCUGUUGAUCUGAGAACAUCCAUCCCUCCCCUCACUGUCUCAGGAGCUGCCCUGUCCUGUGGAGAGGUUCUCUGUGGUCUGCAAACCAAGACACUAUCAACACCCUGCUGCACAUGCUGUCAGUAUGAAACAAUUACUCUUUUAAUUUAAAUGUUUUAUGAUAUAGGUGUUGUUUUCCCUUUGUCAGUUACCAUUGGGGGGUGGGAGGUGGGAAGGGGGUGGGAGAAUCUGUGCAUGCAAAUGUAUUUAAAGUGCAUUGACCAAAGGUUUUUUUGAAUCUGUGAAGUUUUCUUAUCUGUGAAGUCAUCAGACUGCUGGGCAGUGAGGAGCCGCCGGUGCUGCGGAGUCUGUCUUGGUUACAUUUCUUAAUAAGCAUUAAAAUAAUAAAAUAUAUUUGUAAAAGAGA